GUUGACGGAAAGCCAGCCCGAGCUGAUCCUUAAAGCGGCCUUUAAUGAGGAUGAUAGACAGAAUGACCUGUCCCGUCUGUCAGCAGCUCCAGAUGGAGACGUGUGUUUAAAGCAGAAGACACAAACUCUACGAAACCUUCACAAGGAAUGUCUUGGAAAAAAUAUGCUGUCAGUGAAGAUGUCCCAGAGACUGAAGCCACACCCAUCAUCACGGAGACUGAAGCCACGCCUAUCACCAAGGAGACUGAAGCCACGCCCCUCACCACAGCCCUCCUGCCAGAAGCAAAGCAGGUUGUGGGCUCGCAGGCUGACUCUGUUGGGUAUGAGGAGGUGACGGUGUGUGUGCCAGCCGAGAUGCCCCCGGUGGUGCCCGUCACGGGAGAGUCGUUCUGCCAGUGUCCUGCUCAGACCGAGCUCAGCUCAGAUGCCCAGAUCAGUCCAUACACCCUCAGCUGCACCUGCGGAGAGGAGGAACAGGGGUGUGAUUGGGUUUGGGAUGAGGAAGAUAAAUCCUCUUCAGUGUCUCUGAGCUGCUGGAACCGGACGGUGAGUUUCCACUCGGAGUACAGCUGUGGGACGGCCGCCAUCAGGGGCUCCAAGGCCCUCAGCGACGGCCAGCACUUCUGGGAGAUCAAGAUGACCUCUCCCGUCUACGGCACUGACAUGAUGGUUGGCAUUGGGACAUCAGAAGUGAACCUGGAUCAGUUCAAGCAUAGUUUCUGCAGUCUGCUGGGCACGGAUGAGGACAGCUGGGGUCUGUCCUACACAGGUCACCUCCAUCAUAAAGGGUCAAAGGUGAACUUUUCUUCACGGUUUGGUCAAGGGUCCAUAAUCGGUGUUCAUCUGGACGGCUGGCACGGCACCCUGAGCUUCUACAAGAAUCGCCGCUGUAUUGGCGUAGCGGCCACUCACUUGCAAAAUAAGCGUCUGUAUCCGAUGGUGUGCUCGACUGCAGCCAAGAGCAGCAUGAAACUGAUCCGUUCCCACUCUGCGCCCACCACACUGCAGUAUCUGUGCUGUACGCAACUGCGACGAAUGUUGCCAGCCUGCGCAGACGCUCUGCGUGUGCUGCCGCUGCCGCCGGGUCUGCGUCUGCUGCUGGCCAAUCAGCUGGGCUGGGUUUUGACCCUCGGCUGCGCGGAUACAUCCACCAAAACAGAAGAAGGCCACUGUGAUCAAUACACAAGCCUCUUCCCUUCCCAUGAUCCCGCUGACACCAAUGAACGCGUCUUUAUUUCUAGCUCCUUCCCUGAUAACCCUGAUGAAGACGAUGCUUUAGAUUCCGCCUCCGUAUACAUCGAUUCCUGUUCAGAUGAUUCACAUUAUCAAGAUGCUGUGUCUGUAUCUGAUGAAACCUGCUAUCUUGAGCCGUCCUCUCCUUCUGACGUCUGCUGCGGUUUCGUUAAUGAUCACACUUUAUUUCUUAAUCCCGAAUUUCAGCACAUUUCUGCUUCUUGUCUUUAUUGUGAUCCACCUUUGUCUGUUUCUAGUGGCGAGAGAAAGAUUAAUGAUGCCAGUUCAGCUUGUAAACCGGGAAACGAAGGUUCCUGUGCUCUAAGCCCCUCCUACACACACUCAGGCCACACCUCCUUCUGGCCUGACUCCGCCUCUGAGAGCGAAUCCGAUGAAUGCUCUUCUGAUCGAGAGAUGUAUCAGAGGAAACGCUGCCGCUGGACAUGAGGCAUAAUGUUUACAUCAUAAUCAGAGCAUUUUUAAAGGGAGAGUUUUUCAUUUAUUCACCCUCAUGUGCUUACAAACACACACACACACACAUACAUACUUGUGUACAUGGUUUACAGGGACACUCCAUAAGCGUAAUGUAUUUUUUUAUACAGUUAAAAAAGUAUUAUUAUAUGGCCCUAUAGUAUAAAAAAAGCUUUUGAAUUGCAUUAUGGGAUCUGGAUCUUUCCUCCACAACCGUUUGAUAUUGGAAAACUUGAAAAGUGACGUUUUUAUUAGUGAUUUACAGGGACACACGUUGGAAACUCCUAACCCUAACCACCUUAAAGGGACAGUUCACCUUAAAAUGUCAAAUUUACUCACUAUUUACUCUCCCUCAAGUGGUUCCAAACUUUUAUGAGUUCUGUUAAACAUAAAAGAAGAUAUUUAGAAGAAAGUUAAAAGCCAUUGGGCGACGCAGUGGCGCAGUAAGUUGUGCUGUUGCCUCACAGCAAGAAGGUCGCUGGUUCGAGCCUCGGCUGGGUCAGUUGGCAUUUCUGUGUGGAGUUUGCAUGUUUGCAUUCGCGUGGGUUUCCUCCGGGUACUCCAGUUUCCACCACAGUCCAAAGACAUGUGGUACAGGUGAAUUGGGUAAGCUAAAUUGUCCGUAGUGUAUGAGUGUGUAUGGGUGUUUCCCAGAGAUGGGUUGCAGCUGGAAGGGCAUCCGCUGCGUAAAACAUAUGCUGGAUAAGUUGCCGGUUCAUUCCGCUGUGGCGACCCCUGAUUUAUAAAGGGACUAAGCCGAAAAGAAAAUGAAUGAAUGAAAGCCAUUGACUUCCAUAGUAGGAAAAACAAAUACUAUGGAAGUCAAUGGUAACAGGUUUACAGCAUUCUUCAAAAUAUCUUCUUUAGUGUUUAACAGAAGAAAGAAACGCAAAAAAAGUAAAGGGUGAGUAAAUGAUGACAGAAUAAACAUUUUUGGGUGAACUGUCCCUUUAAAAAUACUUUGUGUCCUUGUAAACCAUAUAAACCUGCACACACACACACAAAUAUACAUACAUAUAUAUAGAUUUAUAGUUAUAUAAAUGAUGUAGGGCGUCACGGUGGCACAGUGGGUAGCACAGUCUCCUCACAUCAAGAAGGUUCGAGCCUCGACUGGGUCAGUUGGCAAUUCUGUGUGGAGUUUUCAUGUUCUCCCGUGUUGGCGUGGGUUUCCUCCGAGUGCUCUGGUUUCCCCCAUAAGUCCAAACACAUGCGCUAUAGGUGAAUUGGGUAAGCUAAAUUGUCCGUAGUGUAUGUGUGUGAAUGCAAAAGUGUAUGGAUGUUUCCCAGUGAUGGGUUGCAGCUGGAAGGGCAUCCGCUGUGUAAAACAUAUGCUGGAAUAGUUGGCGGUUCAUUCCGCUGUGGUGACCCCUGAUUAAUAAAGGGACUAAGCCGAGAAGAAAAUAAAUGAAUGAAUGAAUAAAUGAUGUAAAACAUAAUUAAAUUUUCUUCUGAAAACUACUGAUGAUUCUUCUCAAUGUCGAAAAUAAAAUGUUGUCUUUAGAGCGUAAAAUGACAAUUGGUCAGAAAAUUACAGCGGCCGAGAGAGCUCAACGUACUGCAGUUUAAGAAAACAGAUGCACAUACAAAAUACUCCAGCAAAUUGACAAAGAUCUUCAUCCGUUUAACAGCAAAUGUGCUGCAAAUCAUCACAACGCAAACAAUUUAAUAAAACGUGCUGCAUUUUCACACAACAAGGGGACAGACUCUGCUAUUUAGGUUAUGGUUAUUUAGGCUAAUAAAAUACAAAAGACAAAGGAAUCAGGAUAUUAAAAUAAACAAACUCGCCUUUCAAAGAUCAUCUACAACUUCACUGAGCAAUAGUCACGGCAGUUCUCCUAAAUUGUUUACUGUCAAAAAGAUGAAGAUCUUUUCUCAAUUUGCUGAUGUUUUUUUAAUUGCACGUUCAUUUAAAUAGCAGUACGUUAAGCUCUCUCGACCACUGUAGAAAAGAACAAAAACGUGGCAUGAUUUCAGACGGGUCUAUUCAUUUUUAUAUAAUAAAAUACCAAUGAUUUACCUUAAAUGAUAUAUGAAAAAAUAGAUACUUGGUAGAAUAACCUUGAUUUCCAAUACCAAAAAAGUAAAGCAUUAUUUAGGCCACUUGUCAUUUUCUGCCAAAAUAAAGCUCUAAUUUACAAUAUUUUUAUUAGAAAUUUGUAAGAAAUGUUCUCAGACCAUUAAAGAAUAAUACAGAUAUUAUCAUUUUACUCACAUACACCUAAUAAAUCCAGAACAUCCCAAGAAAAUGGGAAUUUUCAAGUGGUCUCUUAAUUUAUUAUUAUUAUUUAUUAAGAAAAAUAAAUAAGGACUUAUAAUUUGACAGCCUCUAUGUUAUAUGCAGGCUAUAAAA